AUGCUGGAGCUGUGGCUAAGUGGGAAACAGUGGCCCCUUGGGUUGCCAAGGCUGAGAGAGCCGCUGCCCGGCUGCGCCGCGCCUUCACGGAUCCGGGAGUCCAAUUUAAGCCGGCGGAGUUGGCGGAGCGGAGGCGCAGCGGCGGCGGCUGACUCGGCGCGGCUCGGAGCGCGGGGACGUCAGGCGAGCGCCGCGCCCAUUGGCUGCGGGGCGCGCGGCGCAGCUGUUCUGAUUAUCAUAUUUCAGCCUCGCCUCUGCGGUGCGCCACUGACCGCUCCGCGAGCCGGCGGGAGAAGAUUAGGGCUCCCGAGGUUACUUGCUCGGGGCUCAGGCCGCUCUCCCCCGACGCUUGGGCUGCUCGGCCUAUCUGGCUUUCGGCCUCCCUCUCGUCCUCCUUCUGCCCCUCCCUUGCUCCUUCCCGGCCGCGCCGCCUGCGCCCUCGCCUCCUGUCGCGCUGCUCCUCCGCCCUGCGCUCCUGGGUCCCCGCAGUCCGGCUGGCUGUGUUGCGCGCGGGGCUCACUUUUUCGCCGCCGGUGGCGAGUGGCUGGUUCUAUAAUGCCAGAAAGUAAAUACAGGAUUUUAACCAAUCAUUUUCCGUCACGCCACCUUUUAUAACAUGGAAUUAAACAACGGAAGCUGCCAGAAGCCUGAUGACUUAACACUUGAGAUCAGAAAGCAGCCUCAGGAUCCAUCCUCCUUCAAACCAGCCACAUACAGUGUGGUAUUUUAACUCCCUAAACUAAUUAUUUGGCUCUUCUAAAGAGUUAUUGCUGCUGAUGAUAGAAAAUCCAAAUAGAAAAAACUGGCAUGUGGCUUGGAGGGAAACCAUUAGUAAUAGGUAGUUUCAUCAUAAUGGUGAAGACAACAUGUUUUCCUUUUUUUCAGCCCAUAGUGUUACUGUAAACAAGUGUUUUCUUAAUAAGUCUCUAAACUGAUAGAGGUGAAGAUCAUGCAGAAGAUACCCCCCUGGCAAAGGAAAAAAUUGGAGGGAACCCAAUAGUUAGGUUGUUCCUCACUGUAUGUGCUCUGGAGUUCUGUAUGUUUAUUGCUAAUACAUUUUGUAUAAAAAUCAAAGGAUAGCAGGCAUUAUUGUUUCACUUUACCUUGAAGUUCAAAUGUGAUCACAGAUAAUUCCCCCGUUUCUUUAAAAGAUUUCUAUACACUCAUUUAAUACAUCAAAUAUAUCUGUAAAAAUUGUGUAAAUGUUUUUAUAGCAUAUAUCAAACUGUGAUUAGUAAUAUCCCCCCAUUUGAUCACAGGAGCGACCUCUUGUGUUCAAAGGGGGGAUUAAACCUUCUAGUCAAAAAUGGACUCAAUUUUGACCUUUAUAAUUUCUAUUAGGUCAAAAAAAUCUAUUUUUCAAAACAGUUGUGUGAAUCCCCUGUGGUGAGCUACUACUGAUGAAAGAAAAGGAAGAAUAUGACUAAUUAUUAAGUAUAGUUCCCAUUGCCUCCAGGGCACCCCCAAUAUAUUGUAGUGUCUUUAAAAGGAUGCAGAGAUUUAAUUUCCUCUUGAGUCUUGUAGCGUUUGCCCAAAUGCGCUUAUACACACCUUCCAAAAUGCGGGCUUUACACCCAAAGUUACUAGUGGGCUCUUAUGCCUGUGUUUUGUGUGGUGUUGCUUUUUUUCUCUGCUUUGAUUAAAAUUUAAACGUUCCACAUCAAACUUAAUGCUAAAUAGAGAUUCCUGAACAAAUAUCAUGUUCUCAAGCUACAGUUCAAAUAUCUAAAUAUAUUUUAAUUGCAAUUGACAAGUAGUUUACACAUUUAGUGUCUAUUUAGUUCCCAAUAAGUUCUGGCAGAUAAAAGUGGAUUUUAAGUUGGUUCUUUGGGAAAUUAUGUACAGUAAGGGAGAAAGCUUUUUCCUCUCCAGCUAACCAAGAUUGGGAAGGAAAGGCAGCUUUGAUCAGCUCUCCCUCCACUGUAGAUUUGUUUGGGAACUUAUUCCCAGGGAGGUGAUGCUCUCUAAGAUAUCCCAUGUCAGGGCUAUGAGAACAACAAUUGGAAUGCCACUUUCUACAUGUAAGGUGUUCAGAAAGGAAAAAAAUAUAACUGAGUUAUAUUUUCUGGUAUCCACAAAUAUGUAAUAUUGGGGGUCAAAAUGAAACUUUUUAUUCACCUCAGAAAAUAGGUAUGGAGUGUAUGUGUUUAAAUAUAUAUAUGUAUAUAUAUCCCAUACCCCUCACAUUUUGUUUUUACUUUUCCUGUCUAGUCUGAUCAUGUAAAAGAAGGCUAUUCAAACCAUCAGUAUCUUAAAUCACAUCGGGGUCAGAUAAAAUUAUAUAUGGGUAUAAAGAAGGUUAGGAUUAACCAUUUAUACUCCACCCAGAACAGGAUGUGGAUAUUCAGAGCUAAUUUGCCUCUCUUCCAGUUGCUGGUGGUGGCUUAAUGAAGAUGAAUCAAGAGAACCCUGCACUCUAAUUUCAGGGAAAAAUGGAAGGGAUCUUCUUUAUGUACCAUUGGGUAUGAAAUAUUACCUCUUUCCCGUCCUCUCCUUUUACUUGCUCUUUCCCCCCCCCCCAAUAAUACAAAGCAAUGAUAAUAAUAAAGGCAGUUAUUAACAACAGCAAA